AUGAAACCUCUUUAUCUCGCUUUCCCAAUCUGCUCAAUUUCCCCUCACUUCUCUCUCCCACUUUUCUCUUGGAAAAAAAAUGAAAUCCUCUCUUCAAUUUGUCAUGGAAACCGAGCAAACAACAUAUCGAAUUUGAGAUCUCGUAGUGAUGCUCUGUGUGAUUUUGCAUUAUGUGGCUGGAAUUUCGGUGGAGGUACGGUGGUGGUUGUGCGGCUUCGGGAAGCAUUACCGACGACAGAGAAAGGAAUCACAGUCGUCGUGGUGUUGGUCGGUUCCGACAAUGGUGGGUCGCGAACUAGCAGUAGUUUGCGUUUGAGGGAGAGGGGCCGAUGUGUUGGCUUCGAAGCUCAUUCCUUCUUCUUUUCCUCUACUGUACGAGUCAAAGCAUCUGACAAAUAG